UUUAACAACAAAUGGGCAUAGCUACGAUCUCGCGUAGACUGCUUCAGUGUAAACAGUCCAUUCUUCGUCAAAAUGUCUUACAUUGUGUAAGUUCAUAAAAAAAAACAAGCAAACAUUUAUCAUCAGUGUACAAAAUAAGUAACAGAUUGAAAAGUAAUUCGCAUAAUUUCCUGCGUGUAAUAUAAUUAUAUAAACUUCGUUAAGCUGUUUAAGUUCGGAGUCGGUAGGUUAAUUUUUCUUUGCCGCCAUGAUAUCUACACUGCUGAAUUUACCUGUCUGGAAUUAUAUAAUUGCUCUUGUGAUUGGGCUGAUGCUACUCUGGAAAUUUCUCACUUCCAGAAAGACAGUCUUACCCUCCGCGGGUAAAGCUGUAUUAAUUAGUGGAUGUGACAGUGGAAUAGGUAACCAUCUUGCUCGUCGCCUCCACGCUGAAGGCUUUGUGGUGUUUGCUGGUUGCCUACUUCCUGAAGGGGAAGGAGCAAAAGCCCUAAAAAGACUUUCAUCACCUCAACUGUUAGUACUACCUCUGGAUAUAACUAGUGAUUUCAGUGUUAGUGAAGCCAUCCAGUUUGUUCGAGACAAUUCCCCAGAAGCCGGCUUAUGGGCUCUUAUCAAUAACGCAGGAGUUUGCGUCUAUGGAGAAUUUGAAUGGCAAACUUGGAACCAAUGUACAACGCAAGUGGAGAUUAACUUAAUGGGCACCAUUCGACUCACUAAACUUUGUCUUCCAUUAAUCCGACGUAGUAGCGGAAGAAUUGUGAACAUAACCAGUAUCAAUGGCUCUUGUGCUUUCCCCGGAUUGUCUACGUACAGUGCUACUAAGUUUGGACUGGAAGGGUUUUCGGACUCCCUAAGGCUGGAGAUGACCAAAUUCAAUGUCCGUGUUGUAGUCAUCCAACCAGGAGACUUAGCCAGACUCACCAAUAUCAUGCAGGAUCAUAGAAUACACGCGGACAGAAUGUGGUCACAAAUGAACACAGAACAGAAGAACCUAUAUGGCAACUACUUUUACAAGUAUCACCAGUUCAUCUGUGAAAACUACGGAAUGACAUCCCCUCCUAACUUUGAAUCCUCAUCUUUAUUCACCGAUGUGCUUGAAGCCUUGAGCAUUUUGAAACCGCAACCUCGUUAUGUUAGCGCGCCUUGGCAGUUCCGCUAUUUCUACAGAAUUCUUCAAAUCCUCCCAACACGCUGGAGUGACAAACUUGUGGAGUUUCUGUUUGCAAGAGUUUUUAAGUUCAAGCUAUAGUUUUAACCAUGCUCAUUAUUUUAACUAGGUUAUACAACACCUUUCAUGUACUAUUGGGAUGUGAAACCUUUCUCAAAAACUAUAUAUAUAUAUUAUAAAUUAGAACAUACAGUGACUGAAAAAUUUGAAAGUUAGUGGUUAACUAAUGCCUGGAUAAUUUCUUGCCACAACUUAUUAACAAAGUAUCUUAUUAUUGUAGUUUGUACUAUUUUAUAUUAUCUCCAACUCUAAAUCAAUAAAUAAUAUAAGAUUCGUCCAAUUUCUAUGUAAAGACUUGAAAAAUGAUUAUUGAAUACGAACGUUAUUUAGGACCGAAGUCUGACUUUACCAGUGUUACGUAUCUGCUUGUUUGUUAAUUUCCGGUAGAAAUUCUUUCCGAGAAACUUCAGCGAUACAAGUCCUUUCUUGAUCAAACCAGUUUAUUCUUCCUCGAUACAAACUAUUAGUACACAGUAAUU